AUGGAAAAUUCAAUAAAUUCACCUCGUGUAUCAACAACUUCAAUACCACUUGUUAUAACAAUUGAUGGUCAUAAUUGGUCUUAUUGGGCAUUUGUUUGGCUUGGUCUUGGUUCAUUAUUACCAUUUAAUUUUUUUAUAACAGCUGAUCCAUAUUUUCGUUAUAAAUUACAUGAUUCAAAAAUUGAAAAUUCAUCAGCAUCACGUCUUGAAUUAUCAUAUGAAAAUACAGUUACACUUUGUGCAUCAAUACCAAAUUUAAUUGCAACUAUUUUAGUUACAUUUAUAUUUGUACCAUAUAUACAUAAAUAUCGUAUAUAUACAUCAUUAAUUGGUAUAACAAUAUGUUUAUUAAUAUGUUUUGUAUUUAUAUUUAUUAAUGUUAGUCAAUGGCGUGAAAUAUUCUUUAUUAUAACAAUGAUACUUGUUAUGAUUCAAGGUGUAUUAUGUGCUAUUUUACUUAAUUGUUUCUUUUCAUUAGCAUCAACAUUACCUAGUCGAUAUAUACAAGGAUUUGUUGCUGGUCAAGCACUUGGUGGUGUAUUUGUUGUAUUAUGUUCAAUAGCAUCAAUAUUAUUUUCAAAUGAUAUAUCUAUAUCAGCAGCUAUUUAUUUUCUUCUUGCUAUAUUUGUUCUUAUAUCAAAUUUAUUAACAUUUAUUUAUAUUGAAAAAUCUCAUUUAUUACAAAUUUAUUCAUCAUCAAUACAAGAAAUAAAUAAUGAAUAUGAACCAUUAAUUCAAUCAAUAUCAUCUGAUGAUAAUCCUAUUAAUUCAAUGAAUAUAACAUCAUUAGCAUUAUUUCAACGUUUAUAUGUUGCAUAUAAACAUACAAAAUGGAAUUUUUAUGGUAUAUUAUUAACAUUUAUUUGUACAUUAUCACUUUUUCCAGCAUAUAUGUCAAAAAUACAACCAUCAUAUCCAUCAAUAAAUUAUCCACAUACAAUAUGGACUAAUCGUUUAUAUACUCAAGUAUUAACAUUUUUAUUAUUUAAUGUUGGUGAUACAUUUGGUCGUAUGAUAUCAUCAAAAAUUCAAAUACCAUCAUUAUUAAAACCACGUCUUCUUUUUUUUCUAUGUUUAUUAAGAUUUUCAUUUAUUCCUUUAUUUGGUUUAUGUCAUUUUCCAAAUACAAAUGGUUUUCCAUAUAUAUUUAAAAAUGAUUUUAUUUAUGCUUUUAUUGUCUUAUUAUUUGCUAUGUCACAUGGAUAUUUUAAUUCACUUAAUAUGAUGUAUGCACCAAGACGUGUUCAUGCUCAAUUAAGUAGUACUGUUGGAGCACUUAUGCUUAUGGCAUUAACAUCUGGUAUAUUCUUUGGUUCAUUAUUAUCCUAUGGUGUUGUGGCUUUGUAUGGUGAUGCUAAAGCACCAAAUAAUCUAUAUUUUCAAUGA